AUGGCUUUCCCGGCAGAACUCGCAGCGCGCUCUGCGCUGUCGAGAGUUUGCACGCGAUGCUUUGUGUCGCUUAGGAGACAAGGCAGGGUGUCCAAUGGUCUGUUUCCAGUAUCCCAGUCUCAGCAGCAACGACGCCCGAUUUCUGGGAAGUGCGCCAGGGUACUGCGGGCAACAGAUCAGCUCGAUGAUAUUCCCACCCAGAAGCCUGUUUCGAGGCGGUUCUCGUCCGGGUUUGCGCAACCCAGCUUCAGCUUGACUAGCCCGCCGUCUGAUACCCAGUCGAAGCGAGUGCUGGCUCCCGACGACCUCUUCCACUCCUUUACAAACUCCCCAAUCCCCGAGAUCAGGCGGCGCGCGACCUUCAUACGGCACCAUGCCAGCUGUCCUCAUCAUGACCACCAGCCGGGUGGCGCCAUGUCACCGGCCCAUGUAAAUUUUGAGUGUCCCGACUGCGGCAUCCCCGUAUACUGCAGCGAGGAGCACUGGGCCGACGACUACGAGGCACACCUGCAGAUUUGCGACACGCUGCGCCAGAUCAACGAGGAUGACCACGACCUUCGAUCCGGUCGGUUUUUCCCCGAGUUUGAGUACGCGGGGCCACAGAUGGAGGAGGCGCUCAUCAACAUGACCAACUGGGACACCUUCUUGUACACGCGGAAUUUCAAUGCCAUCAACGACGACCGGAGCAUGAGGCAAGCAACGAGGCUGCUGACGUAUCCUGUCACCAUCGGGAGUAUCAUCCAUGAGCUCAGUCCCUACAACCUCAAGGAUGGCGGCAGGCUCACUCCUGAGGGCAUCAAGAGCUUUAGCGCGCUCCGGUAUACUCUCCAUCCACCAAAGACGGGCGGCGGUAUGGACGUGAAGGGCCUCCGAGUUGAAGCCCCUGCUGUGCGCAUCUUUAUUCUGGGCGCCCGUGCCGAAUCAUCGCUUCCUCGGGAUGCGUGGGUCCAGCUGGCCCAUCUCUUCCCUCGAGCGAGGAUCCAUCUCAUCUUUAUCGGCCCAGAGAGCAUGCUCAACCGAGACGACGAGUUCCCCCUCCCUCCGCGGACACCAACCAACCCCUUUGGAGCCAUUGUUGAGGACAGAGUGUGGCCGACCAUGAAGAUCAGCACCAUUGUCGACUACUACCAUACCAUCCACAAGGCCAACCACUUUUACCCAUACGACCCCUACUUCGACUGUUUCGUUAUGUUCCACCCGGGACUGGGCCAUGCGGCUAGCUCGCAUGAGUGGGAGGAGACGCUGCCGAUGCUUCUGGAGACCAAGGCCCCCAUCAUCGUCACGGGUUACACCCAGGCUGACAUGGAACGGGAUAUUGACUGGGUGCACAAAACGGCAGCGGGCGAGUUCGAUGUGCUGAUGGAGCCUGGAGAGAACCGGUUCAGGAGCCUGCGGUGGGACUUGAACGAUUUGGACCCGCAGGACAUCAGCGCGGGCAACUGGGGUGUUUGGGCUUUUAGAGGCAAGAGAUACGAGGCGACCCACAAGUCUGCCGAACCAUGA